GCAACAACCAACCCUUCCUCAAACCAUUCCAGCAGCCAUGGAGCAGUCCCCCUCUUGUCUCAAACUCUUCGGCUCAUGGGCCAGCUCCUACACCCACCGAGUCCAACUUGCCCUCAAGCUCAAGGGCCUAGAAUUUGAGUAUGUGGAGGAGGACCUCACUAACAAGAGCCCCUCGCUCCUCCUCUACAACCCCGUCUACAAGAAGGUCCCCAUCCUCCUCCAUCUCGACCGGCCCAUCAUCGAGUCUGUCAUCAUCCUCCAAUACAUCGAUGAGACCUGGACUGACCACCCGAUCAUGCCCAUUGAUCCCUAUGAGCGGGCCAUUGCCCGCUUCUGGUGCCACUUCGCCGACGACAAGCUUGGCCCUGCCGCCGGCGCAGUGUUCGGAUCAUCAGGUGAGGAGCAGAAGGCUGCUGUGUGCCAAGUCCAUGAGAAUUUGAAGCUAAUUGAAGCUGAGCUCAGGGAGGGAGCUUUCAAGGGGAGGAGGUUCUUUGGUGGAGACAAGAUCGGUAUCUUGGACAUUGUCUUCGGAUGCGGCUCCUAUUGGCUUGCAGUGUUUGAUGAAGUCAUGGAGGUGAAACUCGUGGACCCCGAGGCAUUCCCCCUCUUCCAUGCAUGGCUCCGAGACUUCGAGGAGCAGAAGGAGGUGAAGGAGAUCAUUCCGGCCAUCGAUAGGUUGCUUGAGUAUGCUAGAGGCAUUCGUCAACUGAUGCUUAAUCUCAAAGACACCACUUCUUCCACCAGCACCAGCACCACCACCGCUACCGCCACCACUGUUGCCACCAACAACAGCAACAACAAUGUAGUUAUUGAAAGUAGCACUAGUGUUUGAAAGGGUAGGGCCUUUCUGAGAUUUGGUUUUGCUUACUAUGGUAGUGUAAUAGGUUUAGUAGGUGCAUGUAGGUGCACUUGACUCUUUAUAUUAUGGUCAUAGCUUCUUGCGUUCGGUCAUGUGAUUAGAUGCUCUAAAUAUGGUUUCUAGUUGUGUAAAUGUAAGUUUUAUUAUAUUGGUGGUUAGAGAAUCUUCUGCUUGAUAACA